UACUUGCUCAUUGGUAUUGUAACCCCAUGAAGCUUCUUUUCUUCAAUUCAAACUAUCAAACAGGUUCAAAGGCCAACGAGUUUGUUUGGCACGUUGAUAGCGGGCAGGGUUGGAUUUGUUGUCUGAACUUUAAUAAAGCAAAUUAUGAAAAUUUUAACAAUGUUUUAGGAAUAUUAUAAAUGAAUAUUUCUUGAAGUACUUGUGCCUUGGUAUCUAUGUUCCUAGUCAUCAUCAAUCAUGAUUCAUUUUUCGAGACUUUUAACUUUAAUAUUUUUAAUCACCCCUGCCUUUGCUGUAGUAAAGAUUUCCGUUCCACAUGACAUCCAGCCUGGAUAUAGUAUAAAAAAGCUUAAAUCUCAUGGUCGGAUACACUUAUUAGAAGAUGAGAGUUCACCACAUUUUACCCUCCUUCAAGAUGGGUCCCUUAUAUCUACAUCAAACAUUUCUGUUUUAGCAGGAAGUAAGGUCGAUCUUAUUUUAAAAGAAGAGUUGCACGACGAAACCUUAAUACACCCCAUAACCAUCUAUGUUAGGCAUCGAUUUCACAUGUUGCAGUUUUCAAAACCGGAGUAUCAUGGAUACAUAUUUGAAAAUGAGCCACCGGAAACCACUGUGGCUGGUUUGAGUGAUUUGGCUGUUUAUAAUGAUGUUGGGAUGGUCAAUUAUUCGUUGUCUGGCAGCUCACGGUUUGCUGUCGUACGACACAAAAAUUCGAUUUCGAUUGUCUCCACCAAAAAGCUAGAUAGAGAAUCUAAAGCCACCUAUAAGUUGUUGUUAAAUGCGACCGAUUCCCUUGGUGAUGUUGCAAUUGCAACUAUUAAAAUUGCUGUGAAAGAUGUUAAUGACAACCCACCAAUAUUUAGAAGAAGGAAUUACAAUUUUAAUGUGCCUCUCGAUACUCCUAAGCAUUCCAAAAUUGGAUUAAUCAGAGCAGUCGAUGCAGAUGGCGAUAAACCAGUUUAUAGCUUUUUGAACAGCAAGAGCAAGGAGUUUGUGAUUGUUCCCAAAACAGGGGAGGUUUUAUUGAUGAGUGAUAAAAAAAUUGGCGUUUACAAUUUAUAUGUCCAAGCGCAUGACAAUAGGAUUCCAAUGUUAUAUAGUGAUGCCAUCCCUGUUGUGAUUAGUGUUGGAAAUCUUGUUUCUGAAGAAAAUGUUACACCCCAUAGGAGAUCGAAGCGUUCCAUCAGACAAACGAGAACGUAUGAGCAUUUCUUGGAGUCUGAUGCCAGUAUGCCUGGAAAGGUUAUGUUUCGAUUAGAAAGUAUUCGACCUGACGAAAUUUUCACUCUCGAAAAUGGUAGCCGUUGGAUUGAUGUUGAUCACAACGGUGAUGUGAAAGUGAAAGAACCGUGGGAUUACGAACAGCUUGAACGUGAAAAGACUAUCGAUUUUUGGGUACAAAUUAAAGCUCCUCAACAACCAGAACCAGAUCGCCAGAGGAUAAUCAUCCAUGUUCAAGAUGCCAAUGAUGAAAACCCAUAUUUUAUCAACCGACCUAUGCCAAUGCAAGCUGUUGUGCAGCUUAAUGCCCAACCUGGAACAUCUGUAUUUAAACUGCAGGCCCGAGAUCCUGAUCUGGAUAGUAACAUUCAUUAUUUCUUGGUUAGAGAUCGAACCGGUGGCCGAUUUGAGGUGGAUGAGAUGUCAGGGGAGGUUAGAACUGUUGGAGGUGAUCCUUUCAUGCUGGACCAAGAAUAUGUUCUCUACGUUAAAGCAGAAGAUUUAAAUGGCAUCAAGGUGACUGGAAAAGAACAGUCUACAGGUGAAGAACGGCUAUCCAUCAUUGGCGGUAAAAGACCACCCCAGUUCUUCAUGCAGUCAUAUUCUGCUAGUAUACCUGAGAAUAAAAAGAAGGAUUCAGAGAUCAUUCAAGUGAAAGCCAUGUCAUUUGCUAAUCGACAAAUACAUUAUAUUUUGCGUACUAAGGGUCAAGGUGCUGGAACCUUUAUCAUUGGGCCCACUGAUGGUAUUGUCAAAUUGGCUAAAGAUUUAGAUUACGAAGAUCUACGGCAACCUAAGAAAUUUUCUUUGCAAAUCACUGCUACUGAAGAUUCUGGAGGAUUUUCGACAAAUGUUGAACUUAAUAUUGAUGUAACUGAUGUUAAUGACAAUCCACCACGUUUUGAAGUCCCUGAUUAUCAAGCAUAUGGAGUACCUGAAGAUGUGCCUAUUGGAACAUCUAUUUUGCAAGUUUCUGCCACUGAUACUGAUUCUGGAAAAAAUGCUGACAUAGAAUAUUCCUUAGAUAAAAGUGAUUUUACAAUUGAUGCUCGGGGAGUUAUUUACUCUAAUAAACGUCUUGAUGCAGACAUUGUAAAUACAUACGAGUUAGCGGUUCGAGCAGUGGAUAGAGGAGAACCUCCGCUUACAGGUACAGCUACUGUUCGUGUCUAUACAGAAAAUCGAAACGAUGAAUCUCCAAAGUUCAGUCAGGAUGUCUAUACUCCAAGUGUGGAUGAAAAUGCUGGUCCUAACACAUUAGUGACUACCGUGGUUGCCAGUGACAUUGAUGGGGAUAAUGUUGUCUUCGGUUUCCAAGGUGGCGAUACUGUUGCUGGAAUGUUUGAAAUAGAAGAAAGAACAGGUGUUAUAAGAUUAAUUAAUGGUCAGAUACAUCUAGACAAAGAUAAAUAUGAAUUGAAUGUAACAGCAAAAGAUGAUGGAGCUUGUUGUAAAAAUGGCGAGCGAACACUUCACACAAGUACUGCACUUGUUGUUGUCUUCAUAACUGAUGUAAAUGAUAAUAAGCCUGUGUUUGAAAAUUGUGAUAAUUAUAAUCCCAAAGUUGAAGAAAAUGCAGACCCUGGAACUUUUGUCAUUAGGGUUGAAGCAACAGAUCAAGAUAAGGGAUAUAAUGGUCAAGUACGAUAUUCAGUAGUACAGCAACCAAAUCAAAGAGGAACAAAAUUCAUUGUAGAUGAAAUUACUGGAGAUGUUAGGACAAAUAAGGUCUUCAAUAGAGAAGGAGAAGAUGGUCGAUUUGUGAGUGUCACCUUAAAAGCCACUGACAGGGGAAACCCUCCAUUGGAAGGAGUUUGCUCUUUCAAGGUGGAAAUUACUGAUGUGAAUGACAAUCCACCAUUGUUUCAUCGCUCAGAAUAUCACGAAAAUAUAAAGCAAGACACACCUGUUGGAAGCAAUGUUCUGCGAAUUGCAGCAUCUGAUGAAGAUGCUGAUAACAAUGGAGUAGUUGUCUACAGUCUAUUUCCAACUUCAUCAGAAUAUAGAGGCUAUUUUAGUAUAAAUCCAGAGUCAGGAUGGAUCAGUUUGAAGAAGUCACUUGAUCGUGAAAAGUACUUUCUGAGAGCAGAAGCAACCGAUAAAGGUGUCCCACCAAUGAAGGCUUCAGUGAAUGUCAUUUUGGAAGUUGUUGAUCGAAAAAAUAAUCCACCUGUUUGGGAUCAACCUGUAUAUGGACCUAUUUCAUUAAAAGAAAACAUCCAGCCUGGUCAAAAAGUAGCAGCAUUAAAAGCUAGAUCUGGAAUUCCCGAUAACCCAAGAGUGUUUUAUACUUUAAUCAAAGGAGGAACUGAGCAGACGAAUGGAAAAGAUACAUUUUAUCUUUCACAAUAUAGUGAAGGCGGCAGCACUUGGGCAGGAAUAUAUGUGAAUUAUGUAUUAGAUUAUGAAAAAGUCCAGCAGUAUAAUUUAACUGUGAGAGUUGAGAAUAAUGGUGCUCAACAGUUAGCUAGUGAAGCUACAGUUUAUAUAGUUUUGCAAGACGUAAAUGAUGAAAUUCCAUUAUUUGUUGAGCAAGAGCAGGAGACAGUGCUUGAAGGAAUGCCUAUUGGAACCAAAGUUACUCAAAUAAGAGCAGUAGAUAAAGAUGGCACAUAUCCUAAUAAUAAGGUUUAUUAUUCAAUUGAAGAUAAGGAUGACGGGGAAAAAUUUAGAAUCGAUCGAGAAACUGGGGAGAUAUUUACGAAAGAAAUUUUUGAUAGAGAAGAGAGACAAUCCUAUGUUGUAAUUGUAAAAGCUGUUGAUGGAAACCCCUCUGCUAGACCCAAUGUUCCUGAAGGUGAACCAAAUUCAGUGACCAAGUACAUCCGUAUCGGAAUUGGUGACAAAAACGACAAUCCCCCCUACUUCGAACAAGCUUCAUACGAAGCAGAGGUCAACGAAGAUGAGGACAUACAGCAUACUGUCAUCACUGUGACAGCUAGAGAUAAAGAUGAAUCUUCUCGUAUACGUUAUGAAAUAACUGCGGGAAACAUAGGUGGAGCUUUUGCUGUGAAAAAUGAAACAGGAGCUAUUUAUGUUGCUAGUCCCCUUGAUUAUGAAACAAGAAAAUCGUACAACCUGACGCUUGUUGCUUCUGACACAUUGUUUGAAAAUAGCACAACUGUUAUUAUAAAAGUGAAAGAUAUCAAUGACUUGCCUCCCAAAUUCACGCAAUCCCUUUAUCAAACACACAUUCUGGAAGAAGACUCCGAUGGAUUGCCUAAAAGAAUCCUCAAGGUUUAUGCCACUGAUGGGGACUUGGACAGAAAUUCCGAGAUCUUAUAUUUUCUUACUGGUCAAGGUAUUGAAGACAAAGUUGAGGAUAGCAAGUUUGCUAUUAAUGAUACUUCUGGUGAAAUUUAUGUUCUUAGACCUCUGGACAGAGACUUACCACAUGGACGCUCUCAGUGGCGUUUCACUGUGUAUGCUACAGAUGAAGGUGGAAAAGGCCUUGUGGGCUAUGCUGAUGUUCUGGUUAAUCUCAAGGACAUUAAUGAUAAUGCCCCGUUUUUUCCCCAAGCCAUUUAUACUGGAAAUGUUACAGAAAAUGGCACUGCUGGUAUGACUGUGAUGACAAUGACUGCUACAGACUAUGAUGAUCCCAAUGAAGGCUCAAACGCAAAACUAAAAUACACAAUUGAGCAAAAUCAAGUCAACGAAAAUCAUGAAUUAAUUUUUGCUAUCGACCAAGAUACCGGUGUUAUCACGACUGCAGUGUGCUGCUUGGAUCGAGAAGCAAUAUCAGAGUACACUAUCAAAGUGGUUGCUACUGAUGGCGGUGGUCUACAAGGUACGGGUACAGCGACUAUAAAGAUAAAGGAUAUUAAUGAUAUGCCACCAGUGUUCACCAAAAAGGAGUGGUAUGUGCAGGUUGAUGAAACUGAAGGUGAUGAUAUUCCAGAAUUACCCAUCUUGGUUGUAUCCGUCAAAGAUGAAGAUUUGUUGGAAACUAAUCGUUUUAGUUACAAAGUUAUUAAUAAUACUUUUGGUGCUGAUAAGUUUACCAUGGUUACCAAUUCUGAUGGAACUGGCUCCCUCAAGAUUGCUAAGCCUUUGGAUUAUGAAGAUCCAAUGCAAAGGUAUGGAUUUAACAUCACCAUUCAAGUGAGCGAUCAUGGAGGAGAGACUACCAAUGCCUAUCAUAUUGACUAUUCAAAAGUUUUCAUCAGAUUAACUGACAUAAAUGACAAUCCCCCAGAGUUUUCAGAGCCUUUGUUAAGAGCCAGUGUUGAAGAGAAUGUGACUGUGGGCUAUGUCAUUAAAAAGUUCCAAGCUCGUGAUCCAGACCAAGCUGGAAAGUCGAUGGUCAAAUACUCUAUUGAUCGAUCAUCUGAUAAAAAGAGGCAGUUCAAAAUUAGUCAAUUAGGUGUUGUUACUAUUCAAAGACCCUUAGAUAGAGAAACAGUCAAUCGUCAUGAUAUCAGGAUACUUGCAACUGAUGAUGGUACACCUACAAGAACGGCUACAGCCACCUUAAUUGUGGAUGUAAUAGAUGUGAAUGAUAAUCCUCCUCAUUUCCGAGAAGAUUACAGGCCAGUGGUGAUGGAGAAUGUGGAGCCCCCUGUCAAAGUGAUUGAAAUAUUUGCUGAUGAUCCUGAUCUGGCUCCAAAUACCAAACCUUGGUUUAAAUUUAGAUUGGAUACUGAUGCUGAUGACACCAUCAAGAACUCCUUUAGAGUUGUUUUUAACAAAGAUGGUGAUAACGGCAAAGGUUCAGCUACUGUUUACACUAAAGUUAAAUUUGAUCGAGAACAACAGAAAGAAUACCAUGUUCCAAUCGUCAUAGCAGAUAGUGGUGUUCCAUCCCUCACUAGUACAAACACAUUAACUGUCAUCAUUGGUGAUGAAAAUGACAAUGUUAUGUACCCUGGUGAAAAAGACAUUUUUGUGUACAGUUAUCAAGGAGCCACAAAGCCAACCAGACCUGUUCCAAUUGGUAGAGUACAUGUGGAAGAUCAAGAUGAUUGGGAUAUUCCAGACAAAGUUUAUUAUUGGAAAGAUAAUCAACAGCAUCAAAAUUUUGACUUAAAUGUUGAAACUGGUGAAAUAUCAAUGAUAGAAUUGAUAAGUGGAGGAAAAUAUACUUUGCAUUUUACAGUUAUUGAUCAAAAACGGAAUGAAGAAGUACCAGCAACUGUAACUGUUACAGUCAAAGAGAUACCUGAGGAAGCUGUAUUUAGUUCUGGUUCUAUAAGGAUUGCUGGUCAUUCUGAUGAAGAUUUUAUCAGGAUAUGGGACUGGAAAAAUAAAGUUCAAGUUGAAAGCAAGUACAACAAAUUUAGAGAAAUCUUAGCUAAGUUGUUAAAAGUGAAAAAAGACAAUGUAGAUAUAUUUACUGUGCUCAAGCAUCAAGACCAUCCUCCUAUGGCAGACAUUCGAUUUUCUGCUCAUGGAUCGCCUUAUUAUAAAGCUUCUAGAUUAGAUGGACUUAUAGGUCUUCACAGAAAAAAUAUUGAACAAAUUGUUGGUGUGAACAUUACAAUGGUGAACAUAGAUGAAUGUCUUUAUGAAGAAAAGUGUGAGGACAGUUGCACAAACUAUUUGAGAGUUUACGGUGAUCGUCCUGCAACUGUGAAUGCUAAUCGCACUUCCUUGGUUGGUGUGCGUGCCCAAAUUGAGGCUGAGUGUACUUGCGGAGCAAGGGAUUUUACUUCAAUGGAAUCGUGCAAGACAAGACCUAAACCUUGCUACAAUGAUGGAAUAUGUUCAGAUAAAUUUGGAGUUAUAAACUGUACCUGUAGUGAAGGAUUUAAUGGACCCCAGUGCCAAAAGACCACUCGCCAUUUUGGUGGAGAUGGUUUUGCUUGGUUCCCACCUCUUCAGCAAUGUGAAACCUCACACUUUAAGUUAGAAUUUAUGACUCAGAGUCAAAAUGGACUUUUGUUGUACAAUGGCCCUAUAUCUGAAGCAGACUCCAAUGAAAAAAUUGUCCAGGAUUUCUUUUCUCUGGAGCUUCAGAAUGGUAAACCUAGACUCCUCAUCGAUUUUGGUUCUGGAACCACGGAAAUAAUUAUUGAUACAGGAUCAAGUUUAAGUGAUGGAGGCUGGCAUCAACUAGAUGUAUUUUGGGAUAGAGAGACGGUGAGAAUGGUUGUAGAUAACUGCAUGUCUGCUAGAAAUCAAGAUGUUGAUCCUCCUGUGUCUAACCAUGCUAUGUGUGAAGGCACUGCAGCUAUUAAGCCUUUCAAUGAAUUUUUAAAUGUUAAUGGACCCCUGCAGUUAGGUGGUGUCAAUCAUCCGGUACUUUCCUCCUACAAAUGGAACUUUGCUCACACACGGAAAGGAUUUAAUGGUUGCAUUAAAAAUGUCAUCCAUAAUAGUGAAAUGUACGACUUGGCUAAUGUUGGCGAAUCUCAAGAUAGUACUAUGGGAUGCCCACCUGCUGAAGAAAAUUGUUAUAUCAAUCAAGUUGAAAGGUUCUGUAAGCACGGCACAUGUGUGGGUAAUUACACUUCUGCAAAAUGUGUAUGUUUUCCUGGUUAUCAUGGAGAACGUUGCAAUAUAAAAACUCAAGAAAAAAUGUUUGAGCAAAACAGUUACAUCCGCUAUGCUUUGACAUUCAAUCCUGGGGAAUACUCUAAUGAAAUUCGACUGAGUUUCAGAACGAGGCAAAAGCAAGGAGAAUUAUUCAGAGCAACAAGCAAGCACGGUCGUGAAUAUCUAGUACUAGAAAUACGGAACAGAACUCUUAGAUUCCGCUUCAAUCUAAAUCAUUACAAAUCACAAGAACAAGAGCUGUGGUUGCCAGAUGUCAGUGUCAGUGAUGGCCAGUGGCACUCUGUUAAAGUACAGCGAUUUGGUAGUACGGCCAGUAUAUCACUCGAUGGUGGUGGUGGCAGACGCUAUAGCGAACUUUUGGGUUACCAAGGUUUUCAUCAAGAGUUGGUUAUUGAGAAGCAAAAUGUCAUAGCUGGCGGAGAUGUUCAGUAUCUUGCUCCUGGUGUUACCAUUGUGGAUAAUGAUUUCCAAGAAGGUUGCUUGGAUGAUAUAAGAUUGGAUUCUAGGUAUUUACCCAUGGAAAAUGGUUCUCAAAGUGCCAUUGUUUUAGAUUCUCAAAAUGUGAAAUCUGGAUGUCCAUCCAAUAACCCUUGUCUUGGUGUAUACUGCCCACCACCCUUUGUAUGUGUGGAUUUGUGGAUGAUUUAUGAGUGCACAUGCCCCAAAGGUUUCAUUGUAACACCUGAUAGGAAGGAUUGCAUUGAUGAUGAUGAAUGUGUGUCACAACAGCCUUGUCUCAAUGGUGGUACCUGUGUCAAUCUUCCUGAUGGUCAAGGAUAUGAAUGUAUUUGUGGUGCUGGUUACUUUGGAAUGCAUUGCAAUGCAGUUCGGGAAGAGAAAAAAAUGCAGCUCAGUGUUGCUGCUAUGGCUCUAAUUAUUUUCUGCAUUUUUGCAGUUCUAAUCCUGGCACUCGUUGUUAUGGCUUAUUCACGUUUUCGAUCUCCCAAACCGUAUGACCAGAAAGACAUCAUUGAUGAUGUUCGAGAGAAUAUCAUUGUGUAUGAUGAUGAAGGUGGCGGGGAGGAUGACAUGAAUGCAUAUGACAUUAAGACACUACAAAUUCCUAUUGAUGGCUAUGGAUCUCCAAUUGGUGCUAAAUCUGGACCAGAGAAGGGACCUAUUAGAGAACCUCACCAGUGGCAGGCCCAACCAGGUGUACAGCCAGAUGUAGGAGAUUUCAUUCGGGACCAUCAGGACAAGGCCGAUACGGACAUUAACGUUCCUCCAUUUGAUGACCUUCGUAACUACGCUUAUGAGGGAGGUGGAAGCUCAGCUGGUUCUCUGAGCUCUUUGGCAUCCUGCUACGAUGACAAUGACCACGAUUUCGAGUAUCUCAACGGCUGGGGACCCCGCUUCCAGAAACUGGCCGACAUGUACGGCCAAGGUGAAAGUGAAGAAGAAUGAUUAAGAGAAAUGCUACAUAAAUCAGUUGCCACAAACAUCUUCCUCAUGCGUAGACAUUAUAAAUGAAGUGAUAACCAUUGGGCUUUGUAUUCAUUAAGAUUUGUCAUUCUAUUUCUUUCUUUUCUUAAAAAAAAAAUAUUUGAAAGAAUUUUCAACAUGUGUGAGUAUUUGAGUUCUGAACUGUUGGAAUCCAUUUGCCCUGCUAUCAUUUUAUUGUACUGGACUGGACAGUUGGCAACUAUUUAAAAAGCCUUUCCUCUGUGAUGCCUUAUUCAGUGUUCAAUUCCUCAUGUUUUAUUUUUUAAUCACGUGGAAUAGUGUCACUGAACUUAUCUUCAUCAUAUUUUUAUCAUAAUUCAUUGAUGAUGCCAUAAAAUGUAGGUUUAAAGUAUGCAGAUGCUGCCAACAUUAAUGUAUAGAUGUAUACUUUGAACCAAACAAUGUGUCACUCUCAACUUUAAUCUUUCUUUGCUGGUUAAAAGUAAGGUAUGAAAAAAAAUUAUUACAGCUUUAUUAUAUUCAUCAUUGUGUCAAGCAUUUCAUUGAUAAUCAUAGCGUGGUGUUGUUUUUAUUUAAGUAUCUUUUUUUUUAUAUUGAGUGCGUUUUUAGAUUUUUUUAGGAAGUGCCACAGCAUCUGUUUAUGUAAUUUUGUCACUUUGUUUUACAUAAUUGUGUAAAGUGGUAUAUAUUUAUGUCUAAAAAGCCAAAAGAGUUAUAUCAUAUUUAUAUGCUUCUUUUUUUUUUAUCUUACUAUUUACAAGCCCUUGCACCUUUUUUUAAUGACAAUUUUUAGCGUUGUUUUAAUACUUUAUUGCUGCACUUAAAUACUGAACAUCCGUCCAUCUGUUUCUGAAAUCAUUAUCUUGUUCAAUCAUUCAAAUAUUUAAAUAUAGAAAAAGUAACAUUAAUUAGGACUAUCUCUUCAUGAAUAAUUAAAAUUAAAUAAUUUGUUAUCAUUUUCUAUUGAAUUAACUUUGAUCAGUUAUAAUCCAAUAUUCAUUUUUUUUUACAUUCCUUAAUUUGUGUUCCAUUUAACCAUUUUUUAUGAAUUUACUACUUUAUUUUUUGUCAUAUCUUAAAUGAAAAGGUGCUAUUGGCAUACAGUAGAAUUCUUAUAGCACACCUUAUGGCUACAGCCUACUGUUGAAUAAUAUAUUUCACCUGUACAGUGUUUCUUAAAUUAAGAUAUAAAAUAUGCACAGUUUAUGUAAACCAUGAUGUUUAAUAAAAAAUGAGCUCUUCUUUUUUUUUUUACUGUUUCAGACUCCUCGUCAAUUUAUUUGUUUAUGGCCAUUUAACUUGCUUUUUUAAAAAUAAAGUAAUUACAAUAAAAUAAACUUGAUAUUUUCUUUGUGUUAAUGAUACAUAAUUAGUUUUAAUAAUUUCUAAAUAUAUCUUGUUUGUUCAAUUUCUUUGCUUGCUAAUUACUUACUUGAAUUAUCUAUUUUUAUGACUAAUUCUUGACUUGGGAGAAGUUACUGAUAACAUUCCGACUGAGUUAAAGUUGAGAUAGCUUUAAAAAAAAUAUGAUUGUUAGAAAAAUGAAAAAGUUUGUUAUAAGAAAAGAGUAAGAUGCAUAUUACGUAAUUUUGUAAAUUUUUUAUUCUGAAGAAAUGUUAAAAAAAGAAAAAUUUACUCUUUAUUUGCCAAGUUUAUUGGUCUCGAAUAUUUAUACUAUCUCUACUUUUAUCUCAGUAUGAAAAUCUUCCAUAUGAUUCUUUGCAUUUGUUAUUUAUCACUUGUAAUAAAUGUGUUUGUUUUCAUGUUAUGUAAAUUUCAAUCAUCUAAAAUGGAUGCAGCUCUUUUUCCAUAUGUAGUUUUGAUUUUACUUUGUAUCUUUUUUUAAACUUUUAUGAAAUAAUAAAAAUAUUGUCAAUACAAA